AUGGAUUACGGAUUUUGGAUGAUGUGUAACGGCAAGUCGCCGAUCUCAUACGAUAGGGCGACAUAUAUCCUGAAACUUCUCGAAGAUAGGGGUCAUCGAGGAUACUUCACACAACGCGAUUCCAAAGAUAAAGACUCAUUAACGGAAAUCUCAGAAGCAGUCGAUAAAUGUCAAUACAUUCUUAUCGUCUUUGACGAGGACUUUAAAAAGGACAACUUCAGUAUGACGACGCUAGAGAAGGUCUUCAAGAAGCUCAUAUAUACACGGCGACUUCAUCGGAUUAUUCCCCUAGUAAUUGGGAUUAAAAGAGACAAAGUAGUCCCAAGUUAUGUUCCUAACUUCUGCCUUGAAUUCUGUGAUAACUGGAAAUCAGAUGAUAGGCAAUUUACCCGACUUGAGAACACUUUGCGGUCGUGACCUACGUGACUAGAAUGCGCUGGUAAAUGCAACGCGCGUAUCCGUCCCUCCAGUGAUGUAUUUAAAAACACAUAUUGGAAUAGUGCAAGAAGGCCAGUAUGACAAGAGAAUGAAUAAAUAACAUACGAGGACAGCUCAGCCAUUUC